CUACAAGACCCCGAAAUUGAAGCCGUUAACUUUGCUAAUGGGCGAAGUAUUUCUAAGUUUGUGGUUGAUUGUGAAGAGGAGGUGAUACAGUUCUUGGAUAAAUUCUAUGACGUAGAGGAUUUGAGUUCUUUAGCAAGGAUUCUAAAUGAAAAUCCGAUUGAUAUGUCUGUCGCAUCAAAUGACCUCAUUUUUGUGCGGGCCCUUUUCGAUCAUUUUUUCUUCUUAUACAAGAAUGACAUUAUGUUACAAUCUAUGUCACUGCGACCGCCGAUGUUCAAGAUUUCUUUUAACUUUUCAUAUGAAUUUGAAGCUAACUCUCCGCAACUUAAUUUUAUAUCGUCCUUUCCGAGAAAUGCAUUCCUAAUUAAUGGGGUCCAGACGUACAUAUUUAACUCGGUUUCGGCUCCGAGAUUGGACGGUAAGGGACUCCUCAAAUCUUUGAGCACCGAAAUCCUUGUUCAAGAAGAUGGAGUUUUAGGUACCCGCGGUAAAAGGUGA